AUCAUCAAACAGUAAGCAACCAGGGAGAUAUCUUUUGCAUCAAAUAUAAUGUUGAGACUGAUUAUAACACGUCCAAUCGGACAUGCCAGAUUCCUUUCUACUAGUACCAGAAUCCUUGCUCCAGCAUUAGCACCAGAACGUACUGAAUACCUCACCACCGGUGGCUCCACACAAGCAGUCUGGCCUAAAGGCUUCAGACAGCCCCGUCCCAAGACAUGGGAAGAAUCAAGCGAAGGUGCUUUAUCUAAAGCCACCAAGUUUUUCUUUUUAAGUGAAAUUGCUAGAGGGAUGUAUGUCUGUUUGGAAAUGUACUUCCGUGCCCCUUACACUAUUUAUUACCCUUUUGAAAAGGGUCCUAUUUCACCAAGAUUCAGAGGUGAGCAUGCAUUAAGAAGAUACCCUAGUGGUGAAGAACGUUGUAUUGCUUGUAAAUUAUGUGAAGCCAUUUGUCCUGCGCAAGCAAUUACUAUUGAAGCCGAAGAAAGAGCCGAUGGUAGUAGAAGAACUUACAAGUAUGAUAUUGAUAUGACCAAGUGUAUUUAUUGUGGUUACUGUCAAGAGUCCUGCCCUGUCGAUGCCAUUGUGGAAACCCCCAAUGUGGAAUACUCUACUGCCACCAGAGAAGAGUUGUUGUAUAAUAAGGAAAAGUUGUUGGACAAUGGUGACAAGUGGGAACAAGAAAUACAAUACUGUAUUGAUGCUGAUGCCCCAUACCGUUAAUUCUAAUUUUUAUAGUAAUUGCAUAACCUUUCGUA